AUAUUUUUGGAGCAAAUCGUUACUUGAUUAAUAUAUUUACUAGUAUCACUAUCAUAUGGUUAGUCACGUAAUAAUCACAAAAAUUUUGUUCAACAAGGAAUUCUCUCUCUCUCCUCUAUCUCCCCUCUCCUUCUUGUUUCUCUCUCUACAACCUGUAAUGGGAAUGGCAUCGCCCUAAUAUCUCCUUGGUAUUUUGUUUCCAAUUUCCUUCACUUUCUUUCUCCAAUGCUCCUUCCGAUUUCACUGUUUUCGUAUGUAUUAAUUUAAUUAUACAUUUUUACGUUGUUAUUACCCCCAUUGCGUUGUUUAUUAUGAUUCAUUGAUCGUUUAUUACCCAUCAUUUGAAAAUUUAAUGUUCGUUUUUUAUCCAAAAAAUUGAUUCUUCAUCGUUUUUGUAAAAAUCUUUUUGAUCUAUUUAGUCGCUUCAUUUACAUUUUUUUUUUGUUGUUGCUAAUUAUUGGAUUAGCUUCGCAUUUGAGAAUUUUUGUGAUGCGAUUAAUGUAAAUUAUUUAUAUAUUUUUAUUAUUGGAAGCCAUUUUUGAUAUAUUUGCUUCAAUAACUCCUUAAUCGUUCAAAGGGAUUGUAGUUUUUGAUCUAUAAAACUCUCCGAGUUUGAUUCCUCGGAAGGACAGUUCGGUUGGCUACUUAGGGUUUGAUAGAGUUGUGAAUGGUCUGAUCACGCAGCUCUUAGUUGUAUUGAAUUAUUGUUAAUGGGAUCUCUGGAACUUCAUUUGAAUAUUGUGAUUCAGGAGGGAUAGGAUUUUAGAUUGGUAUUUUGAUGGGGAACACAUGUGUAGGACCCAAUUUGGGCAAGAAUGGGUUCUUACAAUCUGUUACAGCCGCGGUAUGGAGAACCCGGCCACAGGAGCACACUCUUCCUCCUCCUAAUGGAGAAGCCAGCAACAACAACAAUGCUGCAAGUUCAGAAAAUGUAGCUGCUUCAACCCCUAAAGGAGCUGAGCCUCAAGCUAGUGUCCAGAGUAAACCACCUGAGCCGGUUAAAAUAACUGGAGAGGAGCCUAAACCGGCUGCACCCAAGAAGCCUGACAAGCCAGAAGUACCCGUGGUAAAGGAGGAGGAAAGUAAGCAGGUGGAUGCUGCAAAACAGAACAAGCCAAAUCAUGUUAAACGGGCGUCGAGUAUGGGACUUCAAGUUGAGUCAGUAUUGCAGAGGAAAACUGGAAAUUUGAAGGAUAUUUAUAGUUUGGGGCGGAAGCUUGGACAAGGGCAAUUUGGGACGACAUUUUUUUGUAUUUCGAAGGCAACUGGAAAGGAGUUUGCCUGCAAAUCCAUUGCAAAAAGGAAAUUGACAACUGAAGAGGAUGUGGAGGAUGUUAGGAGGGAGAUCCAGAUAAUGCACCACUUGGCAGGCCACCCGCAUGUGAUAUCAAUUGUAGCUGCUUAUGAGGAUGCCAUUGCAGUGCACGUUGUUAUGGAACUUUGUGCAGGUGGGGAGCUCUUUGAUAGGAUUAUACAGAGGGGGCAUUAUACAGAGAGAAAGGCAGCUGAGCUUGCAAGGGUGAUAGUUGGUGUUGUGGAAGCAUGCCACUCUUUAGGAGUUAUGCAUAGAGACUUGAAGCCCGAGAAUUUUCUCUUUGUUAACCAGGAAGAGGAGUCACUGCUUAAAACAAUUGACUUUGGGCUCUCAGUUUUCUUUAGGCCAGGUGAAACAUUCACUGAUGUGGUUGGGAGCCCUUAUUAUGUGGCCCCAGAAGUGCUGCGGAAGCAUUAUGGUCCAGAAUGUGAUGUUUGGAGUGCCGGGGUAAUAAUUUAUAUAUUAUUAAGUGGGGUUCCCCCAUUUUGGGAUGAAACGGAGCAAGGAAUAUUUGAACAGGUUCUAAAAGGUGACCUUGACUUUAUAUCAGAACCAUGGCCUAGUAUAUCUGAUAGUGCAAAAGAUCUUGUCAGGAAAAUGCUAGUGAGAGACCCAAAGAAGCGGCUGACAGCCCAUGAAGUUCUUUGCCACCCUUGGGUUCAGGUUGGCGGCGUAGCUCCUGAUAAACCUCUUGACUCUGCUGUUCUAACUCGUUUGAAGCAAUUCUCUGCCAUGAAUAAACUCAAGAAGAUAGCCAUUAGAGUAAUUGCUGAGAGUUUGUCUGAAGAGGAAAUUGCUGGAUUGAAAGAAAUGUUUAAGAUGAUAGACGCAGAUAAUAGUGGGCAGAUCACACUUGAGGAACUGAAAACGGGUUUGGAAAGAGUGGGUGCUAACCUUAAGGAUGCAGAAAUCAGUGGUCUAAUGCAAGCGGCAGAUGUUGACAACAGCGGUACUAUAGACUACGGUGAGUUUGUAGCCGCAAUGCUCCAUCUAAAUAAAGUCCAGAAGGAGGACCAUCUGUAUGCAGCUUUCUCAUAUUUCGACAAAGAUGGGAGUGGGUACAUCACCCAAGAUGAGCUUCAACAGGCUUGUGAGAAUUUUGGUUUAGGAGACGUUCACCUAGAUGAAAUUAUCCGUGAAGUUGAUCAGGAUAAUGAUGGACGCAUUGAUUACAAUGAAUUUGCAGCCAUGAUGCAAGACACUAAUUUUGGCAAGAAGGGAUUGCAAAAUAGCGGAAGCAUUGGGUUCAGAGAAGCCUUUAAGAAACAUUAAUGCUUUAUGUUGGUAUCUCAAUGACACCACACUCAAUAGUUGUCUAAUUGCUGAAUAAUAUUUGCCAGUCUAUACAGCUUGAAAGAAUUGGAAGCGUGUAAAGAUCAGUCUGGCUUCAGAGAGCGGGAAAGCGAUUGUUGUCUGUCCAAUUUUAGAGUUUGCAUAUAUUAUUUUUAUAUUUUCUCAAUUAGCUAUCUAGAAUCGGAUUAGGUCAUUUUUUUGGCAUAGACAACACUGUUCAUAAUCACACCCAUUCUUUAGUUUGUACUUGUACUUCUGUUCUUUUCAUAUCUUUUUGUUGUUGUUGUUGUUAUUAUUUGUUCCUACUCAGAAUAUCAAAUCUUUGAUAAAACAACAGCAUUGUCUUCCUUUGCUGUUAUUAGUUCGUGGGGUUGUGAAAGCUCCUUUUCUCCUUCUAUUGUGUAAUAUAUGAUCAUUUGCGUACAAGAUAACAAUGCAAUUUGAAUUGAUGAGAUUUCUUAUCAGUCAGCCUGUAAAUUUAAGCUCUUUUCUCA